AUGACCGCCGAUGCAGAGGCCGAUUUAACGACACCGAGGAGGUCGAUGGGGACUGCCGCAGAUGCGUCCGCCGCUAUAGAGACCGCAACUACCUGGGCCAUCAACAUUGAAGAGAUGGAAUGGAGAGGUAAGCACGAGCACUGUGCCAACCCACUUGUGCCUGCCCAGGAACGGCUUUACCCCACUUGGGCUGUGACAGACGCUGUGGUAGCACCCUGGCUGAUGUAG